AUUCUUGCUCAUGUGGUCUGGAAAUUAACCUCUUGUCAGAUGCAUAGCCUGAAAAGGUGCUCUCCCAGGCUAGAAUCUGUCUCCCCACUCUGUUGAUUGAAUCCUUUUAGUUUGAAAUAAUUACAUUUAGUACUUUUUGUUUCCUUACCUGUGCCAUUAGGAACACACUUUGGUGUUAUUGUUGUUGUUAUUGUUGAAUCUAAUACCCUGAAGGGCUUCCUUUACUGGAUUUAAAGUAGUAUUUAUUUUGUUUGUUUUGUGCUUCCUAUGUAAGUACACAACCCCACACACACAACCCCUAGAGACUGCUGGACUCCCUGAAGUGGCCUCUGUAUGGCCAAAGAAUGUGAUGUCUUCAGAUGGAACUUUUGAGGGCCAUGGGUACUGAAAUGAACUCAGGAUCGCAUUCUGUGCACAGUCUCUUCUGACACGUCCUCUGCUCCAGGGUAACACAAAUAUGGUUGCAAAAGGAUCCUUAAAUGUACUUUUAUUGUCUACUGCCGAGUGAAGAGGUGUGGGUGACAAGUGUCAUGAUUGCUCAGUGUCACCAUUUACCUUCUCAGACCUGCAACUGGGCCCUUCAGCAUUUUUUUUCUUGAGUCUUUAACCAAUAGCAUGGCGAUGAUCUGUUUUGAGAAAGGGCUUGCUCUUAAUUGAUAUUAGGUUAUGAACUCUUUUCAGCACAGGAUAUUGUGUCCCAUUCUUGGAGUGGGAGAUCAGUUGUCUGUGGUUUUGUAUUUUCCAGGCGGUUCCACUGCUCAGGAUCCAAUCACAGGUCCAGACACGGUGAGCGGUCAGCAGCAGGGCUCCUUGACUGUGCAGUGCCGUUAUGACUCAUCAUGGAAGAAGCACAAGAAGUACUGGUGCCAAGGAGCUGAUUGGAGUACAUGUGAGAUCCUCCUUAAAACCAACGCAUCAGAGCAGUUGGUGAAGAAGGACCGUGUGUCCAUCAGGGACGACCAGACAGGCUUCAUCGUCACAGUGACCAUGGAGGACCUGAGGAUAAGCGAUGCCGGCAUUUACUGGUGUGGGAUUGAGAGAUCUGGACGUGAUCUCCAUUUUGAAGUUAAUGUGAAUAUUGACCCAGCCCCAGAAACUUCAACUAAAAUAGUGUCAAUCAUGGCCCCAGUCCUGACAACCACAUGGUCAACCAGCAUGGCCCCAGUCCUGACAACCACAGCGUCAACCAUGGAGAACACUGGCAGCUAUGGAGGGACUCAAACCAACACCCACACCUGGUCCCUGCUGAGCAGCAUCUACUUCCAGCUCCUGGUCUUUCUGGAGGUGCCCCUGCUCCUGAGCAUGCUCAGUGCGGUCCUCUGGGUGAACAGGCCUCAGAGGUGCUCUGGGAAGAAGCAGCAUUGUCCCGAUUAUGAGAAUCAGUGAGGUCUGUUGACAUCAAAGCUCUGUUCAUAUCCCUGGACACAGCUCUUCUGGUGGCUGAGGACAACAAAUAAAACUGUUUUCCUGAGAA